UAUAAAUUUGUUAGACUUGCUGUAAUCUCCAGCCUGCUCUGCAACAAGCAGCUUUCUUCUCUCCUCUCCUCUCCUCUGACCUUGAGUUCAUCAUCGAGGGAGAGCCGAAUGGAGGCCGGGGAGCAGCGGCAGCGGGCGUCGGUGCCGGCGUUCGGGGGGUGGGAAGGCGGCGCGCUGCCGGACUACUCGCUCGACUUCUCCAAGAUCCGCGCCGCCAGGAUGCAGCGCAGGAAGGCGCUCUCCUGGUCCAGCUUCGCCGGCGGCUGGGAAGACGAAGAGCAGCAGCGCUCCCCGGCGGCUGGCGGCGGCGGCAGCGAGGACCGCGAACGACGCCGGCACCGCCGCCAGCACAGCGAUGCCACCGAGGCCCGCCUUCCGCUCCGGCCGGGCCGCGCAGCUCCCAAGCAGGGGAGGAGCAAGUUCAAGGGCUACUUCUUUGGCUGCAUGGGUCGAUGGUGACUCAAAAAUGGCGAGGUGGUCAAGCACUAAGAGACACGUCCAAUUAAGGGAACAUUUGCAGCUAUAGAAGAUUGAUUUACAUGCUGUUCUACUGUAAUAUUGACAGCGAUCUUUCGGUGGUGGUGUGCCUUGUGUAUAAGUUCUUGUUUGAUUCGUGAACAGAUGAUUAAUUUACACACUAGUUACCAAUUCACAUGUAUGCAACUGCACAUAUGCUAACGGUUAGGAAGGAGCCUGAAUGAAAUCUAAGCUCUGUACGCACGUUGAGAGUCUUUCUCUCGACGAGCGAUGCCUCCCGCCGG